CAUAUAAUAAAACAAAAAGAAUGAUAAGUUUGUCAAAAUUAAAUGAAGUUAAUUUUUUAUUAUCAAAACUAAAAAGUAAUAGUCUAUAAAGUAAUUAAAGUAAGCCUAACUAAACUUAAAAUAAAUAUAUCAAUUUAAUUUAAGAACCUAGUUUAAUUAAAAAUAUUUCAACAACAUAAAGUUUUUGUACUUAUUCUUUAUAGAAUAUGUAAUUUUAAAGUAAUAUCAGCCAUAAAAAUUCUUUCUCUAUUCGAUAAUUAUAAUUAAUUAGAUAAAAAAAAAUAAGUUAAAUACGCUCAACACAAAUAAUUCUUGUAUAUAGCAUACAAGAACAGUUUGUAAUUCAAUGAUUAGUAAUCCAUAUAAAAGUAUUGCUAUUUCUAACUAUUAACCUAAUAAAGAUUAAAUAAAACCUGAAUAAAUAUCAAGAUUAAAUCUUAUGUGUUGUAAUAUGAAUAAUUUAUAAAAAGAAUCUUAAGAAUUAUUGAAAAAUAGAAUCGAAUAAUAUAAAUAGUAGAUUUUGGAUUAAAAUGAUUAAAUAUAAAAAAUAAAUAAUUAAAUUACUCUAGUUUCAAAUAAAAACUUUGAUAUUUAA